AUGAGACUUCGAUCGGCAGAAAUCUGUUUAAUACUAGCAUUUAUUCUCAGCUUCAUCCGCCAUGUAUGCACUGUUUCUAUAAACGUAAACGAAGUAGAAUGUGUAUACGAAGAAAUCCUGCACGAGGGCGAUGCCGUUUCUGGGAGUUUCGUCGUCCUCGAUCAUGAAAUAUUCUGGACCUCGGAUCAUCCCGGAAUUGAAAUGACUGUGACAUCUCCGGCGGGUCAGGUUGUGUAUUCUCUGAAGGGAACUUCAGGGGACAAAUUUAAAUUCAAGGCCACGUACAGUGGGAUGUACCAGUUCUGUUUUCGUAAUCCGAUUUCAACACCAGAAGUUGUUUCUUUCCACAUUCAUGUCGGGCAUAUCCCGGAUGAGCACGACCUGGCUAAAGACGAACAUUUGGACCCAAUCUAUAUUAAGAUUGCAGAGCUGAGAGAGGCAUUGGAGUCUGUCACGGCAGAUCAAAAAUAUUUGAAAGCACGCAAUGUUCGACAUCGAUACACGAAUUUGAGCAUCCGGAAACGCGUUAUUUUCUACACAAUCUCGGAGUAUUUCUUAUUGGUUGGUGCAAGUACGCUUCAAGUGAUGUACAUUCGUCGUUUGUUCAGCGACCCAGCUAAUGGAAGAGUUUGA